AUCUUCUUCUGUACCAUUAUCAUUUAAUUUCCCAUCUACAUGUGGGUCAUAUAAGUAGAUUUUCCCUUUUUUUCCCCUUCUCUCUUUGUUCAAGACUUUUUCCCCCCUUUUUUUUUUCUUAUUUAUUGCUGUAGUUUUGGGUGAUUUUGGGAAAGGACUAAGGGUUGCUUUCAUAGCAUUAAACAUGAAUUACUGUUAACAUUGACAUCUUCAUUUCUGAUCCUCCUUUUUACUCUUUUCUUGGUUCAUUCUUGUUUUUGGAUUAUUUGAAUUUCGGGAUGGAGGAUCCUAUUCCAUUGCUGAUACCCCGCUACAUGCCGACAAGCAUGCUUGAGGACAAACCAAGAGUCUGGUUAGGGACAGGGAGCUGUAAUCUAUUACAAAAAACCAAGGACUCCAUUGAUGAGCUCAGUUUUUGGGCACGGUCUGAUCUUUUGGUUGCUUUGAAGCAUUACCAAGAUUCACCGCGGACUGCUACCUCUUCUGGUGUACUUGAGAAAUGCUUGGAUUCACUUGUUGGUAGGCUUGCCAUGGCUAGUGAAGUAACCCCUUGUGCAUCUACUUCUUCUCCAGAUAGCUCAGGGCUUCGGAUUUCGUUCAAUACUAGGAGUACCCAGAGCUCGAACAAAGGCCUCUUUCGAGCAACUUGGUGGUUCGAAGACCUUUCGGCAUUGAGUCCCAAUUUGAUUGAAAUGCUGGUGAAAUCUAUGGUGUCUCGGGGGCACAAUCAUGUCAUCGUCAGUGGUUUCCUCUUCUAUUACCAGAAGUCGAAGUUUUAUACGGCCUCAUCGGAAGAGAAACGUGAAGUUCUAGAAAUUGUGAUCGAUAUGCUUUACACUCUUGAUCCGAGUUCUAUUUCGUGCAAGAGUUUGUUUGGCGUUCUUCGUCCGGUGCUGCGUUCCAACAUAAGCAAAAGUUGCAGGAACAAGUUGGAGAGUAUGAUAGGUUCUCAACUAGAUCAAGCAACAAUAGACAAUCUCCUAAUUCCAUCAUAUGGGAGAAGUUAUCUGUAUGAUGUAAACCUUGUUCUUAGGUUCCUCAAGGCAUUUUUACGUGAAGGAGGCUCGGAAUCAUCUCCGAUACGAAUGAAAAAGGUAGCUAGCUUGAUAGAUCUGUAUAUAACAGAAGUAGCUCCGGAUCGUUGCCUAAAAUCAUCCAAGUUUUCAGCUUUGGUAAUGGUGCUGCCGGAUUCUGCCAGGGACUCAUGGGAUGAAUUGUACCAUGCCAUGGACAUUUAUUUGGAGGUUCAUACAGGGUUGUCUGAAGAAGAAAAAAUGAAGAUCUGUGGUGGAUUGAACUAUAAGAAGCUCUCUAGCGAGGCCUGCAUGCACCUUUCUCAAAACACAAAAUUCCCAUCAACAAGCGCAGUGCAAGCUCUUAUUUCACAGCAAUGGAAGCUUAAGAACUUGCUUGAGGGCAUGCACAAUGCCAAGCAUUAUACGGAUUUCACCGCAAAGGAAGAUAGGGGCAGGGAACAAGUUGUAGUUUACAAUGAAAAGCUCAGAGCACAAUUAAAAGGGAUGCAAUGGAGGGUGAUGGAAUUGGAGAAAGUGUGUAAGAAAAUGCAGAACCAAAUGGCCAAAAUCAUGAAAGCCAAAGUAUUAACCCAUAGUGAUGCAAGACCCCUGCCCAGACUCUGUUCAUGAAAGCGAAAUUUUUGCAUAUACCACUUUGUGUUUUUUAAUUAUUUCACUUGUGUAUGUAUAGCAUUGAGGUGUGUGUGAUAAGAGUUUUCCUUUAUUUUUUCUCCAAGGUUGAGUCGUUUUCCACAGUCGGUCUCAGUCUGAGGCAAAUGGGUGCGUGGCAGUUGGCAGUAUAUAUUCUUUAGCCAACACCCAAUAAUGGAUUAGUUCAUAGUUGCUUUGGUGGGGUUACCUAUUUGAUGUUACAACUCAAAUAUACUUCAGUAAAUCUUCUCAGAUUUUGAAUUUA